AGGAAAACAUUCAUUCUGCAGUCGUUCUUCAAAAUGGCAAUUCGUAUAUUAUUGCUUCUAUUUAUCAAAUUCAAUUCAUUCAAUCUUGCAUGCAAUUCGUGUGUUCUAACAAAACGAUCAUUCGCGAGGUGUGAUUCAGUUACAGAGUUGUCAGAAAUAUAUUUCGAUGAUAAUCUUGAAAAUGUUAAAAGUUUAACCAUCGUAAAUGCUCAUUCAGAAUUGUGGGUACCAGUUUCCGCAUUCAGGCCUUUCAGAAACCUAGAAGUGCUCGAUAUAGAAAACAUCCGUAUUCGAAGACUGUAUGGAGAUACAUUUAAAGACUUACCACUGAAGAAAAUUUUUAUUCAGAACGAUGGCGUAGAGGAAAUUUUUCCAGGAACUUUUCGCAAUUUGUCAUUAUUGCAGACUUUGAAUGUGAAAAACAAUAAUUUGAGUACUGUUUCCAAGGGAAUAUUCAAAGACUUGCCUAUGUUGACCUCUCUAACACUGUCCAAAAAUCAAAUAUCCUCCAUCGAAAACUCUGCUCUGGAGAAUCUAUCAAUGUUGAGUAAGUUACACCUAGAUAAUAAUAAAUUACAUACGGUUUUCGUACACAAAAUUGUGAGUCAUCCAGAAAAACUGGUAAUACUGUGGCUUCACAAUAAUUCACUGACUUUCGUAUCAAACUACAUGUUAGAAAAACUGACGCAACUAAAAUUACUCAAUCUGGGAUUCAACAGAAUUUCAGCAAUAGAAGCGAAUGCUUUCGACCAGACUCCGCAGUUGGUAACAUUAGUCCUGACCCAUAACAAAUUGAAAGAGGUGGAUGGAAGUAUAUUUCCAAUUAGCGGAAUGAACUAUCUGGAGAAACUGUACUUGGAUAACAAUGAACUGAUGUUUUUGUCAUCGAGUUUCUUCCUCAGGCAGAAUAGUUUGAAGAAAAUUACACUCGUUGGUAAUCCUUGGGCUUGCGCAUGUCUCGAUGUCAUCAACAGGAUUCUUAUGGAAAAUGGUGUCAUGGAAAAGUGUCAAGACUUAUAUGUGUCUGGUCUCAGACCGAUUUGUGUCAAUAGGUAUGCUAGCGAUAAAGUUUGUAGCUAUAAAUACGACAGUGAACUGAGUAACAUUUACUUGGAUUAUAGAAAAAAAUUUCCGCUUUAUGUAAAUCUGCUGAGUUGUUAUCUGUAGGAGAGUAAGCGUAAGGGAUGAAAUGGGGGUAAUUACCACUAAAGGCAGUUUGGUUUUAUACCUCCAUGCAAUUGAUUUGUGUAAAUAUUGAAAAGUCUCGGAAAAUACAGGAGUGAUAUCCAAACAGCAAAUGGAUCCGAAUUUCCCAAUAUUCACUACACAUGAUACAGAUUAUGAUGUAGUUUGAUUAUUCAAAUCAUUAGGCACUUCAAGUUUUUCAUUUGGGACAUUUUCAUUCAUUUAUCUCUUCAAUUUU